GUCACCGCAGCUCUCUCUCUCUAAUCCGGUCCAGAUGACAUCAGUCUAGCCGAGGAGGGGCAGGGGGCGCCGGUUAACGCCAUUUUCACGCUCCGUCCAGUCAAAUCGGAGCUGUCAGUUGUAGGAACCGAUUCAUUUUCAGUCUCUCACGUGACGCAGCGGGUCCUGGCGCUGACGUCGAGUUGUUGGGAUGGAACAGGCAGCCCUGGAUCCACCUGAGCGCUUCGGACAUCAGGCUGCUAGGUGCUAGCAUGUAGCUCUGUGGUCCGGCUAACCGAAACUCAGCGAACCCGGACGAAUUCCUGCUUCUUUCUUAUGUUCUCCUCACCUGUAUCCCACUGCUGACGGAAAGAAACAUAUUGGAGAGAAAAGGGAGGAUUUAGAAUACAGUGGAGCAACGAAUGUACCACAGAACGAAUGCGUGAGGACAUGUCCACUAUGGUUUGUGUGAAGGAGGAGGAGGACCCAGGGGAGAAACUGUCCCAGGAUGAGAUCAUCUCCCGGACCAAGCAGGUGAUCCAGGGGCUGGAAGCUCUAAAACAAGAACAUCAUUCCAUCCUGGAAGGCCUGCUGGGCACACUGCGCUGCCUGAAGCAGGAUGAGGAAGGCGUCCUGGUGGAGGAGAAGUCUCAUAUGAUCCGGAAGUCCCUGGAGAUGCUGGAACUUGGUCUGAGUGAAGCUCAGGUGAUGAUGGCACUGUCAAGCCAUCUGAGCUCUAUUGAAUCAGAGAAGCAAAAGCUCCGUGCUCAGGUUCGCCGCCUCUGCCAGGAGAACCAGUGGUUGAGGGACGAGCUAGCUGGAACACAGCAGAAACUGCAGAAGAGCGAGCAGAGUGUGGCCCAGCUCGAGGAAGAGAAGAAACACUUAGAGUUCAUGAACCAGCUAAAAAAGUAUGAUGAGGACCUUUACCCCUCAGAAGAGAAAGAGUCUGACUCCAGUAAAGAGACCCUGGAUGACCUCUUUCCAGACGACCAGGAUGACCAAGCUCCAGGCAUUCAACAAGCUCAUGGCAGUGCUGCAGCAGCAGCUGCCCAGCAGGGAGGUUAUGAGAUCCCAGCUCGUCUACGGACCCUUCAUAACCUGGUGAUCCAGUAUGCCUCCCAGGGCAGGUACGAGGUGGCUGUUCCCCUCUGCAAACAGGCUCUGGAAGAUCUGGAGAAGACCUCAGGACACGACCAUCCAGAUGUGGCCACCAUGCUGAACAUCCUGGCUCUGGUUUACAGGGAUCAAAAUAAAUACAAGGAAGCAGCCAACCUGCUAAAUGAUGCUCUGGCCAUCAGAGAGAAGACUCUAGGCAGAGACCACCCAGCUGUGGCGGCCACCCUCAAUAACCUGGCUGUCUUAUAUGGGAAGAGAGGAAAGUACAAGGAGGCAGAACCUCUCUGCAAGAGAGCGCUGGAGAUCAGAGAAAAGGUCUUGGGCAAGGACCACCCGGAUGUAGCCAAGCAGCUGAACAACCUCGCCCUGUUGUGCCAGAACCAGGGCAAGUAUGAGGAGGUGGAGUAUUACUACAUGAGAGCGCUGGAGAUCUACCAGACCAAACUAGGACCAGAUGACCCCAAUGUGGCCAAAACCAAGAACAACCUGGCUUCCUGUUACCUUAAGCAGGGCAAAUUCAAGCAAGCAGAGACUCUGUAUAAAGAAAUCCUCACCCGCGCUCAUGAGAGAGAGUUCGGUUCUGUUGAUGAUGAAAACAAACCAAUCUGGAUGCAUGCUGAGGAGAGAGAGGAGCAAAGCAAGGGAAAGCAGAAGGACAGUUCACCAUUUGGAGAAUAUGGAGGCUGGUACAAAGCAUGUAAAGUUGAUAGCCCCACCGUUACCACAACCCUGAAAAACCUUGGUGCCCUCUACAAGCGGCAGGGAAAGUUUGAAGCUGCUGAGACCCUGGAGGAGGCAGCCAUGCGGUCUAGGAAGCAGGGUCUGGACAAUGUGCACAAACAGCGGGUUGCCGAGGUUCUAAGUGAACCAGAGGCGCGAGAGAAGCAGCGCAGUCGAGAGAGUUUGACUUCAGAUACCGUGAAGUAUGAGAGCGGGCCGGACGGUGGCGAAGAAGUGAGUAUGAGCGUGGAGUGGAACGGGGACGGCUCUGGAUCCUUGAAGAGAAGUGGCUCCUUCAGUAAACUACGAGCGUCGCUCCGUCGAAGCAGCGAGAAACUGGUCCGGAAGCUAAAGGGCGGCAGCUCGUCACGAGACAAUGAGCACAAAAAUCCUGGCAUGAAGCGAGCCAGCUCUCUGGGUGUUCUUAACUUGUUGGACAAGCCUGCCAGAGACCAAUACCAAGAACGAAAUCAUCGUUUAAGAAAGCAUCACGACCUGAGUGCCAGCCAAACCAAUCUGGCGCAUUGAAGGAAGUAAACAAUCAACUCUGCCUUUGCUGUAGAAAAGCUUAAUCUGUUCACCCUACUUCAGCAGCAUAACUCCAAUUGCUCACUGGACAGCCUCUAAACUGCAUGAUGAAAGAGCUCUGGGAUGGAAGCUGGGAUUCCUCUGACUACGUAAUGAGGAGGAGGAGUACUGUGGUUUGCUGUGUGUUUGUUUCUGUGAAAAACCCCUUAUUUUCCUUUAGACCAAUUCCUGGUUUUAGUGACCAUGAUUUCUUCCAUUAUGAAGACUGUAUGGAGUGCUGCUGUUAGCUUUAAGGUAGAAAAACGUUACUUUACUAAACCAAAGUUCAAAAUGAAAUCACAUCAUUCUAAGUGGAAGCCCCAGAAAAAGGAGUCCUUCUCUUUCCUUUGUUUUGAAAGGCUGUAAAAACAAUGAGCCGCAUGGAAUAUGGAGGAGUGGUGAAGCUAAUUUGACUACAUCUUUAGUCAAGCGGAAUGCAUAUAUAUAUAUA